GCACAAAACUCCUCACCCGACCCUCGGCUUCACUGAGAGCAGUCCAAGUUGAAGGCAGACUCCAUACGUGGGGCAUUUCACCCCGGAUAUCUCCUCACCUUGGCAGCCAGGCUGAGGAAGGGCACCAGGGUCCCUACAGAAUGACAACUCUCCUUUCUGCCACCCUCGCCUUUCUUCUCCUCUGGACUCUGCCAGGGCAGGUCCUCCUCAGGGUGGCCUUGGCAAAAGAGGAAGUCAAAUCUGGGACCACAGGUUCCCAGUCCAUGUCCCCCUCUGAUUUCCUAGAUAAGCUUAUGGGGCGAACAUCUGGAUAUGAUGCCAGGAUUCGACCCAAUUUUAAAGGUCCACCUGUGAAUGUGACCUGCAACAUCUUCAUCAAUAGUUUCAGCUCUGUCACCGAGACUACCAUGGACUACCGGGUAAACGUCUUCUUGCGUCAGCAGUGGAAUGACCCCCGUUUGGCAUACCAAGAAUAUCCUGAUGACUCACUAGACCUUGAUCCCUCUAUGCUGGACUCUAUCUGGAAGCCAGAUUUGUUCUUUGCUAAUGAAAAAGGGGCCAACUUCCAUGAGGUGACCACAGACAACAAGUUACUGCGCAUAUUUAAGAACGGGAAUGUGCUCUACAGCAUCAGGCUGACCCUCAUUUUGUCUUGCCCAAUGGACCUCAAGAACUUCCCCAUGGAUAUCCAGACAUGCACAAUGCAGCUGGAGAGUUUUGGUUACACCAUGAACGAUCUUGUGUUUGAGUGGCUAGAAGAUGCUCCUGCUGUCCAGGUGGCUGAGGGUCUCACUCUGCCCCAGUUUAUCUUGCGUGAGGAGAAGGAUCUAGACUACUGUACCAAGCACUACAAUACAGGAAAAUUUACCUGCAUUGAGGUAAAGUUUCAUCUGGAACGACAGAUGGGCUACUAUCUGAUUCAGAUGUAUAUCCCCAGCCUACUCAUCGUCAUCUUGUCCUGGGUCUCCUUCUGGAUCAACAUGGAUGCUGCACCCGCCCGUGUUGGCCUAGGCAUCACCACGGUUCUCACCAUGACAACUCAAAGCUCUGGUUCUCGGGCUUCUUUGCCUAAGGUGUCCUAUGUGAAGGCGAUAGACAUCUGGAUGGCUGUGUGCCUGCUCUUUGUAUUUGCUGCCCUGCUGGAAUAUGCUGCUGUCAAUUUUGUCUCCCGUCAGCAUAAAGAAUUUAUGAGACUUCGAAGAAGGCAAAGGCGCCAACGCAUGGAGGAAGAUAUCAUCCGAGAAAGUCACUUCUAUUUCCGAGGCUACGGUUUGGGUCACUGCCUGCAGGCAAGGGAUGGGGGUCCAAUGGAAGGACCUGGCAUUUAUAGCCCCCAAGCUCCAGCUCCUCUUCUGAGGGAGGGAGAAACUAUGCAGAAGUUCUUCGUGGACCGAGCCAAGAGGAUUGAUACAGUCUCUCGAGCUGUCUUCCCUUUCACUUUCCUCAUCUUCAACAUCUUCUACUGGGUUAUCUAUAAAGUGUUGCGAUCAGAAGAUAUCCAUCAGGCACUAUGAAUAGAAUAGGGAGCUAUGGAGUCCCCUCCAGAAGCUGUUGGCUUGCUGCUUCUUCCUGGGUGGGCAUUCCCUCUCUGUUAGAUUUCAUAGGGGCCUUAUAAAUUUCUUCCUAAUCAGAACUUCAAUGGCCAAUCCUAAAGCUAUGUUGGUCUACCCUGCAAGGUGCCAAUGAUGGUAUAUACUUAGAUGGUUUAUCUUCCCUAAACUAGGUCUUCUCUACACUGUACUAUUUCUUACAAGGAAGAUUUGAACAUUUUCCUGGGUCAGGAUGUCCUUCUUCCCUUGCAGGAGCCUAUUUGUUCUUCAGUUUUCCAGUGAAUAAUAUUCAAACUACUAUUAUGA